AUGCCACCUAAAAGGAGGAAACUUUUGGGACGGCGCACGGCAGCUGCCUCUGCUGAUAGAGCAGCGAGGGCGAGUGAAACCCCUGAACAGACUUCUUUGCGUCUUUCACAGAUGGACUCGAGCUCAGCUGCUCGCUUAUCCAUGGAAAGCGCCGCUGCGCGGACUGAAAGGUUGGCUUCAGCGGCUUCAACUAUGUCCUCACGCCGCGCCAGGCUUUCAGUUGAAGAACGUUCACUUCAGAAUUCACAGGGCGCAGUACCCGUGGCUAGGUUGAGGGCUUCACAGUCCCCAACACAGAAAACCCUUCGUCGUUUGCGUGAUGCUUGCUUCAGAAGUUUAGAAAGCCCCGAACAAACAACUUCACGUCGUCAUAGGAAUACUAGGGCUACAGCCGCCUCUAGAGCUUUGGAACAACCUCAAGAAACCGCUCAUCGUCGCUUUAGAAAUGCCCUAUCCACCGCAUCUGCCAGAGCCUUAGAAAGCCCUGCACAGACCACUGUUCGUCGCAUUAUAAAUGCCCGCUCCACUGCAUCUGCUAGAGCUCUAGAAAGCCCUGCACAGACCACUGUUCGUCGCGUUAGAAAUACCCGCUCUACUGCAUCUACCAGGGUUGCAGAAAACUCUGAAGUACGCCGUCAACGGCUCGAAAACAUUAGCUCAUUUCGAGCUUCUUUGAAUGGCGUAACUUCGCCGUCUACAUCAUUUUGGUCAAAUGUCGCAUACAAUUAUGACUGCACUGUCAAAUAUUCCGCUAGGAGAGACGUACAAAUAGGGGCCAUGGAUAAAGUUUGCACUUUUUGCAACGCAAAAAAGUGGGCCGGUGAGCAACCUGGGCUUUGUUGCUCUGGGGGCAAAAUCAAACUCCCUUCUUUAGACGAGCCUCCCCAGCCACUUAGGGACCUCCUUCUGGGUACAACUUCGCAUUUUCUUGAAGCAAUACGGAAGUAUAACUGUUGCUUCCAGAUGACGUCUUUUGGUGUGAAGGCUAUUAGUGAAGGGGGAUGGAUGCCUACUUUCAAAGUGCAAGGCCAGGUUUACCACUUAAUGGGAUCACUUUUGGCUGAUCAGGAAGAGCCACCUCAGUUCCUACAAAUUUACUUUCUCGCAGACUACAACGAGCAGGUUGAUGCGCAUCUCGGCAUUCUGCCUAGCGAUAUUUCCAUCGGUCCCCGUUGA